AUGGCCUCGCCCGAAUCUCGCCUCAAUCAAAUAGUCAAAGGCGCACCUACGACAGACAUUCGACCAUUGCCCUCUGCUCCACUCCAUUCUCUAGGAAAACAGGCCUCCGAGCAGUCCUCUCUCGAUCCUCUUCUAGCCACCUUGCCCUCCUCGCCUCCGCAGAUCUACUUGAACCUCCUGAUUCUCGAGUCGUCCCUGCGCGCACAGUAUCUACACCUUGUCUCCCGCCGUCGGUUGAACACUUUCUUCCUGCUGCUGCUGGCUGCUUGGAACAGCCUGUUCUUCUAUGCUCUCUUCCUGCGUCCUCGAGAAGAUGGCACCGGCCUGGGUGGCUCUGUGUACUGGGUCGUCGAAACGUCGGAGAAACUCGCCUUGAUGGGUGGUAUUGUCACGGUUCUCCUUGUUUGGGGCACAGGACAAUGGGAAAGAGGCAUCCGCUGGCCCCGAAAAUGGCUAGGUACAACAAACAGAGGUUUGAGGGGUUUCAACCUCCGCGUAGUUAGGAUCCGGGGGAAGUUCUGGAGGGAGAUGCUCGGCCACCUCUCCUUCUUACUACCCUUUGGGCUUUGGCGCGAAGCUGGGGGCUCAGAUUGGCAUCUUGUCGAACACGAAAACGGCCUGGUGAUCGAGGAAGAUCUCGCCGAGGGAGGUGACGCCAUCAUGCUUCUCUUGCUCCCGAAGUCCUUCUCCCCAGAGUUUCGGGAGAACUGGGAAGAUUAUCGCACAGAGUAUUGGGAAAAAGAGAACGAGCGGAGGGCAGGACUACGGAGAAAGUUAAAUACUCUCCGGAGAGCAAAGGCAAAGGAGGCGGGAGGGUGGAAAUGGUGGACAGGUGCUUGGCGACUACAGUCAUCUAGACAUCAUGGCCAGAGACGGCAUCAUGAUCUGGAGAAACAUCCCCACUUGCAACACGCCGGGACAGGCUCACACCGCGCCAGCCUAUCAGAAAGGGAGGGUGGUGCGCACUCUCGAGGAUUGAGUGGUACAGCCAGCAAGAGAAGGAGCACCAACCUCGACACUGAAUCCACGCACAGCCGAAGCAGACAAUCAUCGCGCUCUUCCACGCCACAUCUGGAGUUUGACGUGUCCGCUGACCGGCCUCUCUCGGAGAGAAUGAGGAGAGGAAGCUCGGUGAGUAGCACAGCCAGCAUCAGAAGGAAGCCGGCAAAAGACGGACGCAGAGACAAAGAUGGGAAUAGAGAACGUGGAGGUGACGGCACGCCUCUUGGAACUCCGUUACUGAGUCCGUUGACCAGCGCCAGCGGAGAAGACGAUAGGGAAGAACGAAGGCGCAGAAGGAGGGAGCGGGAAGCCGCUCGCAAACAGAAAGAGGAAAUGGAGCGGGAGAGGGAAAAGGGCAGAGAACAUAUACAGGAAGAAGACUUCCAGAAGACAAAGAGCAAGAUCAAGCAGGAACCCGCGGUCAAGCACGAGUUCAAGGCCGAGAACAACAAUGGGAACGGAGCGGACGAAAGCAGUGUUCCCAAUACACCGAAGAUGGAGCACGGGUUUUCUCUCGACACGGCGGCGACCACUCAAGCCGCCGAGGGCGAUACCAAGCCCAACACCGGGUCGAACAUGGCUUGA